AUGUCAAUUCCAGCCACCCAGAAAGCAGUCAUCUUUGAGACCAACGGCGGGCCUUUGCUCUACAAGGACAUCGACGUGCCCCAACCAAAAGCCAACGAGCUCUUGAUCAACGUCAAGUACUCGGGCGUGUGCCACACAGAUUUGCAUGCUUGGAAAGGCGACUGGCCCUUGGCCACCAAGUUGCCCCUAGUCGGCGGCCACGAAGGUGCAGGUGUGGUUGUGGCCAAAGGCGAAAACGUCAAGGGCUGGGAAAUCGGCGACUAUGCCGGAAUCAAGUGGUUGAACUCGCUGUGCAAUUCGUGCGAGUUCUGCCAAACCACCAACGAGUCGAAUUGUGCCCAGGCCGACUUGUCGGGAUACACCCACGACGGCUCGUUCCAGCAGUACGCCACCGCGGACGCCAUUCACGCCGCCAAAAUACCCCGGGGCACCGACUUGGCACAGGUGUCGCCGAUCUUGUGUGCAGGCAUCACCGUCUACAAGGCUUUGAAAACGGCCCACUUGAACGCGGGCCAGUGGGUGGCUAUUUCCGGUGCCGCCGGCGGAUUGGGCUCCUUGGCCGUGCAGUACGCCAAGGCCAUGGGCUACCGUGUUUUGGCCAUUGAUGGCGGAGAUGACAAGGGCGACUUUGCCAAGUCAUUGGGCGCAGAGGCCUACGUGGACUUCUUCAAGUCGCUGGACGUGGUCAAGGAUGUGCAGGAAAUCACCAACGGCGGGCCCCACGGUGUGAUCAACGUGUCUGUGUCGGAGAAGGCCAUGCAGCAAUCCGUCGAGUACGUGCGGGCCACGGGAACCGUGAUUUUGGUGGGCUUGCCUGCCGGGGCCAAGGUCGUGGCCCCUGUGUUCGAGUCGGUGGUGAAGUCCGUCAGCAUCAAGGGCUCUUAUGUCGGAAACAGAGCCGACUCUGCCGAGGCCAUUGACUUCUUCACCAGAGGCUUGAUCAAGUGUCCCAUCAAGGUCGUGGGUUUGUCCGAGUUGCCAAGCGUGUACGAGUUGAUGGUUCAGGGCAAGAUCUUGGGCCGCUACGUGGUGGACACUUCCAAGUAA